UUCGCUAAAUCAAAGCUACUUACUAUAAAUGUAAAUGUUGUUAUUAAGUUAAUAUUAUAUUAUGGCUAAAUUUCGCGAUUUUUCAAUGCUUAAAAAUGAAAGAUUACAGGAUGAAGGGAAAUCAACAGUAACAACAUUAGAACAGGCUAAUGUUGAAAAAACUGUAAACAAGUGUUUUGAACGAUUUGAGCAAUUGCAAUGCCUUGACCCAAAUGCAGCCCAAAUUUACAGAGACCAACAUAUUCGCUAUUUAGAGCAUAGCUUACAGCAAUUGCCAGCCAGUUAUGAAUGCCUAGAUAGCAGUCGACCUUGGUUAGUUUAUUGGAUAGUAAAUGCUGCUAGUUUAUUAAAUUUCAAAUUUCGUGAUGAACUAAUCAACAAUACAAUAGAUUUCUUGAUAAAAUGCCGUCAUCCGAAAUUUGGUGGUUUUGCGGGAAGUCCAUUACAAUAUCCACAUUUAGCUCCAACUUAUGCCGCUGUAAAUAGUUUAGCUAUAUUUGGUACCAAGAAAGCAUAUGAAGCCAUAGAUAAAACUUCUCUCAAAACAUUUUUAUGGUCUUUAAGAGAGUCGGAUGGUUCUUUCAAACUUCAUGUCGGUGGCGAAAAUGACGUGAGAGGUGCUUAUUGUGCUAUAUCUUGCGCUAAGUUAGCUAAUUUUUCUAAAGAGGAAGAAGAAGAAUUAUUUCAAGGAACAGCAGAUUGGAUUGCAAGUUGUCAAACAUAUGAAGGGGGUUUCGGAGGUUGUCCAGACUUAGAAGCUCACGGUGGCUAUACAUUUUGUGGUUUGGCUGCAAGCAUAAUGUUAGGUUGUACGGAAAAAUGCGACGUGGAGGCCAUACUUCGUUGGGCCUUAGCAAGACAAAUGCGAUACGAGGGAGGAUUUCAAGGACGUACUAAUAAAUUAGUUGAUGGGUGUUAUUCGUUUUGGGUAGGAGCCAUAAUACCAAUGGCACAAAAAAUAUUGGUCAAUAAAAACAAAAAGUUGAUAGAUUUGCUGAAAACCCCUCUGUUCGACAGAUCAGCCCUUCAAGAAUAUAUUCUUCUGUGUUGCCAAAAACCAAAUGGAGGUUUGAUUGACAAACCAGGAAAGUAUCCAGACUUGUAUCAUACUUGCUAUACUCUGAGUGGAGUUUCUAUAGCGCAGCAUUGUGAAGCUAGCUUAGAACCAUUCGUUUUGGGUGAUGCUAAAAAUGAGCUGAUUCCUACGCAUCCUCUUCAUAAUAUUCCCCCAUUAGCAGUUUUUGAUGCUUAUAAAUAUUUCGAAUCGGAAUUCGUAGCUUCCAAUUGUCAAGACGAGUGUACAGAAAAAUCCAACUGCUAUCAAAAUUUUGCUGAAAAAACAAGUAAGUUACCAGAAAUGAGGGACUCAGAAAAUGGUAAAUCUAGUGAAGAUAACCGCGAAUCGUCUAUUGAAACAUCUGUAUCGACUUCAGACCUAGAUGAAUCAUCCAACAAUGUUAGUAGUAGCUUAGAUGGACAUUAAUAAAAUUGUAUCAAUUACUCUUAAAAUUUUGUUUCGUUUUUGUUUUUUUUUUUUCAAUAAUUUGAAAAUAAAAACAGUGGGGUUGUUAAAUUUAAGUAUCAAACAGUCAUAUAC